GCUGAUUCGUAGUGGACACCAACUGAGUGUCUCUCUGCCACUGGACCUGAAAGCCAGUCACCACUGAGCCAGUGGGAACACUACCAGUGAUAGUGAUGGUAGUGGAUGUGACUGUUGGAGAUGUAUACAGAACAAGAGCAGAUGGAACUGUGAAAAAAUCAGUUAUGAAAAAUUGUAAAUGUUGGUAUUAUUCCUGCUUACCCAAGCGAACAGCGGUAGUAGCAACACUUUCACUGACUAGGUCUGUUGAUGAUGUGGCUACAAUUGAUAUGGUAUAGGUCCUUCCAUUGAUCCCCCAGAGUAGGAGAUUUCAUAGCCAGUGAUACCAUUCAAUGGAGAAACAGGAGGGUUCCAGGUUACUUCAAUACUUGUAGGUCCUCUCUGGACAGCUGUCAC